GGGAAAGAAGCGGUGAAGGUGAAUAUUCAAAGGAGGGCUUGACCGUCCUCAGCCCAAUCAUCAGCAUGAAGAGAGGCCUCCGACAUCUCGGAUCUCAUGUCGGAUCUGCGCUGUGGUCCACGCCACUCCAGGCGAGGACGGCCGCCAGCUCCCUCGUGACCGCCGGCCACCGAAGAUGCGUUUCCAUGAGUCGAGAUGACAGCCGGCAGACCAGGGACUUCAGCAGCAAUGCCGCCAUGGCCAACCCAGCUGCUGCUGCGACAGAUCCGAGCUCAACACCUGACCACCCAGCGAUGCCGGCGAGUACCUAUGGCUACAGCGCUGAGCAGCCCGACAGCUUCCCCAUGGACGCAUACGAGCCCGACACCUCACCCCCGUCCCCUCCCCACAACGGGUGGUCGCCUACCUCGCAGAACGGGCUGGCAGAGGAUUACCCGUACCAGCAAGAUAUGAGCCCCCCCGCUGCCACCUCUGCCGACUCCUUCCACGACUCCGACACGGCAUUCCCCGAGUCACAGCCCUUCGACCCUUAUGAGUACGACAAAACCGGGAUGUUCCCGCAGUACCGGCCUGCAGCAGUUGAUCCAGAGAAGCUGCGAGCACGGAAAGGCGCGUCAGAGGUCAUGAGUCGGCUGGAGGAGGACGCGAGGGCUCUGGGCGAUGACGCCGGGCCGGGCAGCGAUGCGGCACAGGGGUUCCUGGAGCGGCUGCUGGAGGCGUAUGACGGUCACGGUGAGGAGUUCCGUGUGGACGACUAUGUGAGGAUGCUGCGGCUGAUGGUGAGGUUCUCGUAUGGUGCUGAGAACAGGGACAGCCGGUUCAACCGGGCCAUCGAGGACGCCAUGCGGAUCAACGACAUUGCCACCAUGGAAGAGGUGACAAACAACUGAGCUGAGGGGCAGGGCAGGACAGGGCACCACAGGCAGCGCAGCAGAGAAAUAUAAUGUCUAUAUGUGUCACUCUCCCUGCCCGUGUAUGUGUCUGUUUGUUUAGGGUGUUGCAUUGAUGGAGUCGUAUUCGAGCCUCUCCCUCCGCACCCCCCUCCGCGGCACCGCAGGAGUGCUCAUGCGGUACACACACACACACACACACACGCAAUGCACGUAGCCAUGGCCAUUUCUUUCUGCGUCUGUCUGGUGUCAUGUCAGGCACCUUGAGGGCCAGAGCCCCCCCAGCGAGGAGCAGCUGAGCCUGGCCAUGCAUGGGCUGCACCAGCUGGGCAAGGGCAUGAUAUUCCACGGGGGCCUGUUCGACCUGGGGGCGCAGUACAUUGAGCAGAUGAGUGCCGCCAGCGCCAGUCUGUAUGCCUAUGAGGGCGGCAGGCAUGGACUGAGGUGCAAACACCUCAUGGGUGAGCGGAGCGACUCAAAGGGUAGAUGGGAUGGAUAGGGUAGACAGAAAGAUGGGAUGGAUGCUGAUUGAUUCGUGGCUCGCUGGUCUGGCUGGUGAGUUCAGAUCAUGCGUUGCCAUACGUGAUAGCCAAGGUGCCGCAGAUGACGCUCGACGAGGUCAUGCAGGCCGCCCAGGGAUUCAUCCGCUUCUGCAGAGACUGGAUGACCUUCUUCGAAACAGCACUGCCUAUCGUCAACGAGCAGGUACGCUGCCCAUCUACGUACCCAUCCACCACACGACACACCGCCAUGAAUGCCUUCUUCGGCCUUUCUUCUGGUCUUCUCUCUCUCUCUCUCUCUCUCUCUCUCUCUCUUCCUCAGCUGGGCGAGUUGUCGGUUCCGCAGCUGCAGCUGGUUCUGCGGUUCUGCAAGGAGUUCCGCGGGCACGAGGACUUCACGGCCCUGCAGGAGGCGGCUGCAAUGCUGCUGUCCAGCCGCCACCUGGCCGACAUGUCGCUGCAGGAGGCCGCCAGGUGCUGCACCUACCUCGAGUGGCACCCCAAGGCUCGCCCGGGGACACGCAAGCUCGUCAUCGGCAUACACGCCAAACUCAUGGACAAAAAGGUCUGUCUGGUCAGGCACGAGGGAAGAUGAGAUGGACGGCGGCACAGGAAGGGUGUGGGUGUGGGUGUGUGGUGUGUAGGAUGACCUGUCGUCGUUGAGUGUGCUGGAUGCGGUGGAUGUGCUGGAUUGUUUCGGAACGUGGCUGCUGCGGUCGGUGCUGCACCAGAAACUGGGGGACAUUCUGGUGGAGAGAAUCGCCGAGGUCAGUGAGUGGCACCCACACACACAUCAACCCAGCACACGAUGAGUAGGUAUCCUGUGUAUAUAUGGGUGUGGGUGUGAGUGCAGGUGCGCUAUUCGCCCAACAUCGGCCUGUGGCUGAUAGCCCUCGACAACUUCGCCAAGGCCGACUGGUUCCACGGCGGAUAUGUCACCGAGGCAAUCAGCAUCGCAAGGGUGAGUCGAGUCAUCUCUGCACACCCACAUCCACACCCACAGUCCUCCCUCCAACACAACACACGGACCAAAGUGAUGUCGUGUGGUGUGGUGUGUCGGUCUCGUCUAUCCAUCUGUGUGUAGGACGGCUACAUGUUGGACCGGCUGUCGUACUUCCAGCAGUGUCGCUUCAUCAACUGCCUCGCCAGGCUCAACUACUAUGAAUACGAUGUCUACCAGGUCUGUUGCUGCACACACACAUGCCAUCCCUCUGUGGCAGGCACCUGCACACCUGGGUAUGGUGUUGGUGUGUGCAGAGCAUGUCGGAGCGGCUGAUAGGCGACCUGCCUCUGCUCAAGACGGUGGGGGAGCUGUCAGCGGUGGUGUGGGCCUUCUCCAAGGCCAACCACGUCCACACGCCCUUCUUCGACGCCGCCUACAGCAACCUCCUCAACAUGAUGCACCAGCAGUCCAUGAGGAUGGAAACGUACUGAGCUGACACACACACGCACCCACCCAACACACAGAACGAACACGCUGGCUGGACUUGUUGACUCCUUGUGCGAUUCCUUCCCUUCAUUCAGCAACAGCACGGCCAACGCCUUGGUGAGCCUGGCGUGGAGCUUCACCGUGGCUGGCUACCACACGACUGAGUACUUCUCGAGCAUUCUCGACUACGCCUUCUACAACAAGUGAGGGAGCCCAUCUCACCUCAGCUAGCUGACUUGACGGGAAACACUGUCGCCAUUGUGGGUGGUGGUGUGUGUUGUGUGGCGUCUGAAGGGAUCCCCAUGCAAAGAUGGGCUUCAAGCGACUGCAGCAAGUCGCCGAUGUCUGCCUACUUGAGGUGAGUGGAUGGAUGGAUGUCCGCAGACACAGGCAGGCACACUUGGUGCGCGUGUGUGCACCAAAUGCAGAUCCCUGACGAGGUUGAGAAGUGUGAGUCCAGGGACAUCAUCAAAGCCAUACACACGUCGCCACUCGUCAGACAACUCAGGUGGGUCGGUCGGUGGCGGUGGGUGGGUGCGAUCCAUCCACAAAUCCAUCCAUCAAGCCAAGCGACAGCAGCCAGUGUCCAUCUCGAUGUCUGUACUGCACCGCAUUCGUUUCACUGCAGGGACAUUCCUCUCAACAUGAGGCAGGGCAUGUCCGACAAGGCAUACAAAUACCGCGGCAAAGCCAUCGAAGAAAUAUCAGGUACCCCUCCCCUCCCUCCCCCCACCGCCCCCCAUGCAUUGGAUGCAUCACCACAUCACCCUCUCCAUCCCUCCUUGGCUGCUCUGCUUGUAGCGUGUUUAUCUGAGCUGGGCAUCGCCCACCAGAUCGGCCUGGAGCCCGACCCCUCCUGCCCAUACCUCAUCGACGUGGCCGUGACGGGCCACACACGGGCGGCGCUGAUCGUGGCUGGGCUGGACAGGGCCAUGCGCACCGCUGAUGUCGGCACAGAGGGACAGCCAGGUGAGAAGGAGUGUGAGGGGAAUGACAUGAGCCUUUCUGGACGACAGGAAUUGCUGUCUUUGUGUGUGUGUGUGUGUGUGUUGACUGUGUCCCUCCUUGUGUCGUGGGCAGGGUUGUUCAACCACACUGACACAGGGCUGAUCAACAUGAUGAGGCGCUCAUUCCAGAGACGAGGAUGGACGGUCAAACAGACAACCACACACCCAGACAGACAACCACGAGGCCACACGCAGGCACAGCGACGGGUGGCUCUGUCUUGGUGCGUGCCGUGCAGGUUGGCGUGAUAACUCAGACGCAGUGGCGCGGCAACAAGGCGGACCGCCGCGAGCAGCUGCUGGACAUUCUCACCGACAUGGGCGUUGAGGUGCCCUUCCUGCAGUACUGAAUCGAGAACUGAGUGGGUGUGAGUGUGUGUGAGGGAGAGGGAGGGAGAGGCGGUAAGGCCUCACCUUGUUUGCUUUUAAUAUUGCAUCGACUGACUGCCUGUGUGUGUGUGCGUGUGGGCGAGGGCAUGCAAGCCUGCAUCAGCCCCGCCGCCCUGCUUUGUGACGUCGACACUCGGACACGAUUGACUGCAGUGAAAGAAUCCAUGCCUUCAUUCAUCGUGAAUCGGUCAGCACAGCACGUGACGUCCUCGAGAGAAACAGACUACAUCUCGCUGAACCAGUCUCUUCC